CAAUUGUAAUUGUCAAGGAAACUUCAUUUCCUGUUAGUCCAACCUUGUUUUCUGGCCGAAAGGCAAGUUUCUACCUAAAAAUCCUCAUUCUUCAAACAAUGUACAGUAUUUUUGGAGUAUUAUAGAUUAGAAAGGGUAAUCAAUUUCAAGUUACCAAGGGUAUUUUUGGCCUUUCAUUCAAAUUACUGCUGUGUCCAAAAUAUUGGCCUUCCAUUGUUUAAUCCUAUCCUCUUUACAGAUCAAAGAAAAAAAGCUGUGGAAGUAAAUCUUCCCCUUUACAGCAAUACAGCACAAACCAUCGUUAAGGAAGCAUCUAAAUCAGGCUUUUAGAAGAGCCAUACACACGCAUGUAAAAAGGUAAAGUGGCCUAUCUAGAUGCAUGAUCUUCAUUUGGAAUUGUCUUGAUAAAGUCACUGAGCAUAUAAGUAUCACAGGUUUCUGUCCAGCAAUUCACAAAAGCAGUUUCUUUAAACUUAUGAUAUAAAAUGAUGAUGGGCUUAGGCUAUAGUCAACUAUCCCUAGGAAGCAAAUGGCUUGUCUUGCUCUUGAAAGUAGGGAUCAUGGUUUUGAUCAUGCUUGCUAGAGUAACAUCUGAGGAUGAAUUGGGGAUACCAUCAGCCGGCUUACUAUGCAUCAGUGACUGUGCGACAUGUCCAGUCAUUUGUUCACCACCACCUCCACCACUGCUGAAGUCAUUUCCACCACCACCACCGUCAGUUCAUCACUCGCCACCACCAGUUCCAUAUUAUUACAUCCCACCACAAUCUUACUCUCACUCCCCACCACCAGCAGAAUCAGUACCACCAACAUCUCCAUUGCGGCCACCCCCACCAGCGCCUUCCUCGUAUUCCUCAAAGGGCAGUCCACCACCUCCUUUUAAGUACUUCUACAACGCACCUCCAGGUCAAGGGCCACCUACGGUAGUAGGACCGCACCAGUAUCCCUAUCCUUACUACUACUUCUAUGCAUCAAAGGCCUCUUCUCUUUAUUUUCAGGCCUCCUUGUCACUUGUAAAUAUUGUUAUGUUUCAAUGUUGUGCUAUAAUUGCAUUGUUGAAGGGCUAGAUGUUUAUAUAUUUUUGGGGAGCAAGAGUGACGAUCAAAUGUAAGUGUUAUAAAGGGAAAAUAUGGGGUCUCCAAUGUAGAAAUUAGGAAGCCAUUUGGGCUGUUCUGUUUUUUUUUUAUGUUCUUUUUAUCAUAUCGGUGGUGUUAAGAAAUACACUAUAAAUCGAG